ACUCCUUUCCAGCAGAGACCAUGGUGACCAUCGAGCUCACACCCGCCCACGGCUUUCCCAUGGCAGUAGCCAUCUGCAGCGCUUUUGUGACCACGUGGGCUGGGGUUGGCGUGGGCAUGGCCAGGAAGAAGUACGGGAUCAAGUACCCCCAGAUGUACGCCGACCAAUCCGACGCCAACGGCGUGAUCUUCAACUGCUACCAGAGGGCUCACCAGAACGUUCUCGAGAACUACCCGUCUUUCCUGCUGCUCCUCGGGCUGGCGGCCAUCAACCGGCCCACCAUCGCGGGAGUCGCUGGAGCGGUACGCCUGGCCGGUUUCGUCGCCUACGUCAUAGGCUACAGGACUGGAGACCCGGAGAAGAGGCACAGGGGGGCGUUCGGGUACAUCGGGCUAUUGACCAUGCUGGGAUGCGCUAUCGAGUCCGUCGUGAAGGUUUACAUGUAGUCCUAGUGCAGCUACUGCCAUACUCGAUAAUGGGCAACGGUUCUCCAAGGCCCUAAACAAGGCUUGGUUGGGUGUUGAGCGCAUAGGAUGUGACCGGCGUGGUUAGGUAAUGAUGGUGGUGGAUAUGAUGGCCGGUUUCACGAAAGGACUGCCUGCCGCGUCAUUGUUGGGUUGUUGACAGUCAGAGAGCAUUUGCUCUGCGUGGGGGGUGUUCGGCCGCAUAGCGUCCGUAUUGGUUUGAGGUGGAUACUGAAUUUUUUACCCG